GGACAUUUCCACCAAGUUGAUGAGAGAAAGAGCGCUGUAACUGUUGCUGCUAUUCAAGUCCUUUAUUAAACCCCUUGUGCCGGGUUCUACUAUCACAGCAUAGGCCAUCGUCAACAGGUCAAUGGCUUUCGACUUCAAAGGCAAGGUGAUUGUGAUCACAGGAGCCGCCAGUGGAAUUGGCCUCGCCGUGGCAAAACGCCUUCACACUGACCAAGCCCAGCUCGCCCUGUGUGAUGUGAAUAGCGCUGGCCUGAAGCAGCUUGCUGAAGAUCUACAGUCUCCCCAUCACAAAGUCUUCCAUCUUGACGUGACGUCAAGCCAGCAAUGUCAGGACACAAUCACUAACAUUGUCGGCGACUUUGGCAAGAUAGACUGCCUUUUCAACUGUGCUGGUAUAAACCCGACAACUUUACCUCUUCAGUCCACGACGGAUGAGUAUUGGGACAAGAUCGUGGACACAAGCUUGAAAGGAACGUACCUCAUGACCAGAUCCAGCAUUCCACAUUUGACCAGAGGAUCUGUAAUCGUCAACGUGUCUUCGGUGGCAGGACUCAAAGCGAGCGCUGGCCAUGCCAUAUACAACGCAGCAAAGUUUGGCGUGAUCGGAUUCUCACAAUCCAUGGCACUUGAACUCGGACCCCAGGGCAUCAGAGUGAAUGCGGUUGCUCCAGGGUCGAUAAAGACUCCGACGAACAAUUCUGUCCGUCAAGGGCAGGAGGUCAUCGAACGGACCGAGCAGGGCGUGGCUCUCAGAAGGAUGGGAACUGCAGAAGAGGUCGCCAAUGUAGUGGCAUUUUUGUUCUCUGAGCAAAGUAGCUACGUUAAUGGCAGUGUCAUCGAGAUAUCUGGAGGCCUCUAA